ACGAUAAUUGUGAAAUGGAAAUUAAAAUGUACCAAUAAUAUUGAAACUGUUGAUUUGUAACUUUACUAUAUUUUGAAGGGUUUGCAGCAUAUAAAAAGUAUAAAGAAGCAAUAGAAAUUAGAAACCUUUAAGAUGCUCCACACGGCACAUCGGUGAUUUACAAGUCCCAGUGAAGCGUUGAACCUUGGACUUGAACCACAAGAAACGUGAAUCCAUGUGGCAAGCAAGAUGGUGACACAGUCUUGCACAGUCUGCACAAUUGAUUUCCUUAUCGUAUUAACAAUAAAAUGGAGGCGAUAACAUGUACUGCACCUGUGAAUUUAGCUGUGAUAAAAUAUUGGGGCAAAAGAGAUGAGGAUCUCAUAUUACCAGUGAAUUCAUCACUAAGUGUAACUUUAUCACAAGAACAGCUAUGUGUAACAACCACUGUUGCCACAAGCCCAAACUUCACCAGUGAUAGAGUAUGGCUGAAUGGAAGUGAAAAUCUUAUUAAAGACUUUCCCAGAAUACAGAAAGUUUUGCAAUUAGUCCGAGAGGAGUGUAGGAAAUCUGGUAAAAAGGAUCUUGCAAAGAAUAAUAUCCAUAUUUGUUCAGUCAAUAAUUUUCCUACUGCUGCCGGCCUUGCAUCAUCAGCUGCUGGUCAUGCUUGUCUUGCUUUCUCUCUGGCCAAGUUGUUUCAUUUGGACUGUGAUAUCUCAGUGAUAGCCAGGCAAGGGUCUGGAAGCGCAUGUCGAAGCAUUUAUGGUGGGUUUGUUAUGUGGGAGAAAGGUGAAAUGGCUGACGGAAAUGAUAGUUUAGCAAUUCAGAUAUCUCCAGAAAGUCAUUGGGCUGAGAUGCGAGUCUUAGUUCUUGUGGUUAGCGAUGAAAAAAAAGAAACUAGCAGCACAUCAGGGAUGCGACGGAGUGUUCAAACUAGUAAACUUUUAAAGUUGAGAUCAGAAUACAUUGUUCCUCAAAGGAUUACUGGAAUGAAAGAUGCUAUUCUGAGAAAAGAUUUUGAAGAAUUUGCUAAUCUCACUAUGAAGGACAGCAAUCAAUUCCACGCGAUAUGUCUUGAUACGUUCCCGCCAAUUCUUCCACCAUAUAUGAAUCAUAUUUCACAUAAUAUUGUCCGACUUGUAACGGAAUAUAACAAGCUUCGAGGAACCAGAGUCGCAUACAGCUUCGAUGCUGGUCCAAAUGCAGUUCUGUUUCUUCUCGAGAAUGAUGUUCCGGAAUGCCUGGAAUUAAUCACGACAUUUUUUCCUCCAAAUGACGACGAGACAAAUUUUGUUCGUGGGCUUGUUACGUCGAGUUGUAAAAAGGCCGUGAAUUGUCAGAUAAAUAUACCUAUUUGUCCUGGUGGAGUCAAAUAUAUUAUCCAUACAAAGAUUGGUGAUGGUCCAAGAAUCCUGGAGGAUCCCGCAUCUUCGCUAUUGACUUGCGAAGGAUUUCCACGGGUCUAACUGGACUAUAUAGCCGACAAAUACGACAGUAAUUGUUAAUGAAACAAUGGACGCGAACAUAAAGGAUAACUAGACGGGUUUGGCCCUUUAAAUAAGGCCAGAAGAUUAUGAUUACCAUAAUCUUGUCUUACCAUUUGCAAUAUAAUUUAUUAAGAUUUUGAAUAUUGGUUUCCCGUAGCCCCAGAGUGCGCAGGGUGCUAAGCAGAUAUUGGAGGUAUGGGAAUGAGAAAGUUUAGGCGGGAAAUUU